CAGCUUUCAGUACUGCUCACCUGUUUGAGUAAACGUACCUGUACUCACCUGUAUACCUGUCGGCAACUUGUAGGGUUUCCUCAUAACGUACACCCCAACAUGGACGGUUUUUGGGUACACACUGUGAUCCUAAGUCAGUUGGAACCUUGAAUAAAACCACGGUGAAGAAGAAAUGUGCAUCAACAAGUCUGUAUAGCAGCUGGAAGUGCAUUGAUUCUUCUCAGGACUGGAAGAUGGCAGACAUUAACUGCUGCGUAGGUUUAAUCUGACAACCAUGGACGCCAUCACGGGAAAAGCGGGACUGGAGAAGACUCUGUCGGAGCUCGCGCUGGUCCAGAAGAAGCAGCUGCCCCUGCGUCAGCAGACUGACCGUCCCCUCCUGAAGUACCCGCUGAACCACACCGUGAAGGUACACUACUCUCAACUUCAGGGGCAGAAAGCAGCCAACCCCGCUCCGCCAAACGGUGUGAGCUAUCGCGUCGGCGCUCUCGCCGCUAACAACACAAACACGAAACAGUCACCAACGAAAGGCACGUCGGGAAACCCUUACACACGGCCUGUCAGUGCAAAAGACGUGGAAGACCCAACAAGUCCUGAGACUAGUAGAGGUAUGAAGGCAACGAACUCCACACCCAACAUGGUGACGCCAGGCAGGCCUGCAGUUAUACCCAUCUCUGGUGCCUUCAUACGACCCAACAGUGCCAAAAUGCAGCUACAGCCAAAACCGCCCAGUCAGAAAACGCCCAUAAAUCGUGUGUCUCCGAGUGGGAAAGACUCGUCAGUGGGAAACAGUCCCAGAACCUCCUCCCAAGGCUCCACACCCGUCAGUCGAAGGAGCUCUCAAACUGGCCAGCAAGUCAGUACGAGUUCUCCUAACUCAAAGGGCAAUUCCAGGAGAAACUCCAACACAUCUGUUAUCAGUUCCAGUCUACAAAGCUCGAAUUCUCCUAUCAAGGAGAACCAAAGCCAGUCCAAUAGGACAUCACCCUUAUCCAACAAGUCUUCCAGUACUGGAUCUUCCCCACAAGGAAGAGUACAGGAGUCCUCCUCUACUUCUAAUGCUGCUAACGCUAGGAGGAGGUUAUACUCUGAUCCCUCUCCAGCAACCAAGAACAAGAUUGACACAAACCCAAUCCCACAGAAAAACUUCAUCCUAGCCAAUCUCAACGCUGUCAGAAGUAGAACGUCAUUUAGCAAGGACAGUACUACAAGUAUCACAGCCACGGCAAAUAACAAGCCACCGCUGCCGCCCAAUGGUAAACCCAAGGUUGGUCCUAAUACUGCUGUUUUGAAGAACAAAUCGUUGAACUCCAGUGCUGCUAAUGUGAAGACGACUGGAGUAGAAACGAAGACUACCAUUGGUAGCAAACCGAACCUUGUAAAAAAGCAGAGCUCAGGGACCAUUGGAGUAAAGGGAGAGGGCUCACAACCUGGCAGUGUAAACAGUUCACCACGGGCCAAGAUUGCACCAAACUCUCAGCUUCAUUCAAAACAAGACAAGGCACCGUUUGGGAAAAGUUUGCAAGGAGCCAAGACCUCUGGGACUAAGCAUGUGGAAAGAGAUUUUGGCGACGGUGCAGUCUCCGCCCCUGGUAAGGAGGUGGAUCCGGUGACCUUUGACCCAGAUGACCUGGAUGAUGAGUGGAGUGAUGUGGAAGAAGGGGAGGAAAACGAGGACUCCAUUUACGAGGACCCUGAAGGGGAACGGUUGCCAGGCGACGGGUGUUCUACAGAAGUAGAUGAUGAAGAGGACAUGAUUGAUGACAUCAAUGAUGACGUGGGAUCUGAUGAUGACGACGUGCGGUCAGUGUCCAGUUCUGCAUCCCAGCUGUCCCUGGUUGACCGUACGGCCUCUGCCCGCCCCGCCCUGGUCGGAGAAGAGAACAAACAGAAACACCUGGGGGGGUCGGACGCCGACAGACUGGCUCUACUCACCAGGUCCUCCUACAGGACCACAUCAGCAGAGGGAACCCUGGAGAUGAAGGCACCUCUCAUAGCCAGCCUGUUCUCCAACGUUCCUCCUGUCAUCUACUUUGGCACAGAUGCAGAGAAGAUUGCCCCACUGCCGUAUGAGACCAGGAAGCUGCUGAAGUGGAGACUGAGCACCAUCACUCCUAUUGUGGUGAAGAAUGUCCUCGGCAGGUCACACUUCAGACUCACCAAAAAGGGAAAUGACUGGCUGGGAUACUGGGGCAAACACAUGAAGUCCAAUGGAUUCAGGAGUGUGCGAGAAUUCCAGAAGGUGAACCACUUUCCCGGGACGUUUCAGAUCGGACGCAAGGACCGGCUGUGGCGGAAUCUGUCCCGCAUGCAGGUGCAUUAUGGGAAGAAGGACUUCAACUUCUUCCCUCUGACCUUUGUGCUUCCGUCUGACUUCAAACAGCUGAAGAGGACCUGGGAAGACGGCGGCACCAAGCAGAAGUGGAUCAUCAAACCUCCUGCUUCAGCUAGAGGCAUUGGCAUCAAAGUCAUCCACAAAUGGAACCAAGUCCCCAGGAAAAGACCAGUCAUUGUACAGAGAUACUUGUCGCGUCCCUACCUCAUCAACGGCAGUAAGUUUGACCUGAGGUUGUACGUGUAUGUCACCUCGUACGACCCUCUCCGCAUCUACCUCUUCCAAGAUGGCCUUGUGAGAUUCGCUACCUGCAAGUAUUCCUUCUCCAUGAAGAACCUGUCCAACCGUUUCAUGCACCUGACCAACUACAGCGUCAACAAACGGAACGCCGAGUUCACACCCAACAGUGACAAGGACAGGUGUGAGGGACACAAAUGGGGUCUGCAGGCCCUGUGGAGAUACCUGCAGCGGGGAGGCAUCAACACCGACCAUAUAUGGGAGGAGAUCAAGGAUCUGGUCAUCAAAACCAUCAUCUGCUGUGAAUCUGCUGUGAAUAGCCUGGUGAAGGCUAACGUACGUCGGCGCUACUGCGUGAACGAACUGUUCGGUUUCGACAUCAUGUUGGACGCAGACCUGAAGCCCUGGAUUUUAGAGGUCAACAUCUCGCCAAGUCUCCACUCCAACUCCCCGCUGGAUGUAAACAUCAAAGGUCAGAUGAUCCGUGACCUCAUGAACCUGGCGGGGUUCCAGAUCCCCGACAAGACGGUCGUCAUGGCAGCCAACAACGUCAACGCUUCCCAGACCUUCAGCACGGACAAGCGCCACCAGAGCACGGACCUCGCGCCUGACGAGAAGGCCAAACACGCUUUCUUUGUGCAGAAAUACAUCGACGAGCAACUGCGUAUGACCAUCACGGACACCCUGACCCCAGAUGACAUCCGCAUGCUGAUCGAGACGGAGGACGAGUUCAACCGGCGCGGCAUGUACGAGCGCAUCUUCCCCUCCCCAACCUCCAGCAAGUACCACCGAUUCUUCGAGCAGCCCAGGUACUACAACAUCCUGAUGGACGAAUGGGUGCGCAGGUACCAUCGCCAGCAUUCCAGAGGGGUUGGAAUGCUGGAUACCUUCUGUCAGCACAGUCUGCAUGUCGGCACCACGACUAACCCCGCCCACCAGUGGUCCCCGCCCAAGUUUGUCCGCAUCUCUCGUGACCAGAGGUCCAUCAGUGCCCCGCUAAGUCAUGGUGCAAUGGCAGGGCUACCGAGAAUCAAAAGGAAGGGCCACAAAGGAGCAAAGCUAAACAAGAAGCCAUCUGUCUCCUCUGGUACCGUGGCUUCUCUCUCCAUGACCAAGAUCUCUGUCCAGGACAGACCACCUGAUGAGGGGGAGGAGCGCAGCGCCUCGGCUACAAGUUGACAAUUACCAGUCCUACCUCCCCUCCAGGAUCUGACAGGCCCACCCGCACCAGUCUUCCA